GUUUCGUACUACUUUAUUUUGUAAAAUUAAAUUGUAUGUGUUGUGUUGUCUGUCUUGUAGACUUUAAAAGAUGGAAUUAGAAGUGGCGGCUGUGAAGCAGGACGCUGGCUUGUGCCGGUGCUGUCAUUCCGAGGGGUGCUUCAAAGACUUAAACGAGGAGUAUGUUUGGAUGGAUGAAACUGUAAACUACGGCGAAAUGUUACAAGAAUGUUUUAAUAUUAGGAUAUUACAAUACCCUAACAGCAAUGGCAUCAACAGAGCCUCCAGGCUCAUCUGCGAGGACUGUGCGGCGCGUCUGCGGGAGGCCUGCACGUUCCGGAAGCAAGUGCUUGGCAAUGAGAAGAAAUUGGCCGAGAUGCUUGAACACAUGGAGACAGAAGCAGAUUCCAAAGACCAGUCGUUCACCAUCGAGGUGAAGACGGAGUCUGAAGACAUCGAUAUUGAGGAGCAUGGGGUCACAACUCAGUCUUAUACAGGACCAGCAGAGUGCUAUGUGAAAGUUACUAAAAAGGCGCUGUAUGAACAAAUGCAACAGCAAAAUCUGCCUACUUUGGAAGACAAAUUGGAAUAUCUCAAAGAAUAUCUGUUGUCAUUUGAUGAUUAUACAGACGAACAAUACGAGGAUUUGACAAACCGGUUCAAGACACUCAAGGCUCAGUUUAAAAAAAGGUGGUAUAAGGCCCAUAGAUUUCAGAGCGAAUUUUAUAAAAGAAAUAGUGAAUGGCUCAAAGGCACGUUUGCUAUACCGAAAACCGUAAAUUUUGGGCGAGAAAGAACAUCUACUGACUUACAUGUGAAAAGUGAAGAUAGGAGCUGCAGAGCCGCAGUUGACCCGCUUAUACAUAGGUCCGGUAUCUCAAAGUGUGAGCGUAAUAUAUCUUUAUCUCAAAGGUAUUUAGAAAUUCGAAGGACAAUAUAGAAGCUCACGUAUAGCCCGCGAGCUAGGAAGAGAUGAGCCAUGACCAAUGGCAUGCCGGUUGAUAACUCGGGAAGGGCGAUAUGGUAUGAACCCUCGUGAUCGUCAGCUGUCGCUCCGUUGGUGGGUUGAGGGCCUGCUGGCCACCCAAAUACGUAAAAUAAAUAAACAUUUAGCCGUCGCAUCCCGGUUGAAACUUUGACAGAUAGUUUAGAUGCCAUUGUGAGUUAAAAAAUGGUCAACCGGUUGUGUCGCGGUGGAGCUGGUCACAUGAACAUGUAAAAAACAAUGUCAUCGCUUCCCAAUCUAAACUUUGCCACAUGAUUGUGUAUAUAUUGUAAAUAAAUAAUUUCGUCAGCCGGCUGUAUCGCGGUGAUGAUUGUGAUGAAACAGGGAUCUGGUGGCAUUUAGCCUUUUGGACGCCAAUGACCGAUACAUCCGCACCGCAGGUUCAACGCCAAAGACCGAUUAAUCGGUCACAUACCACAGAGCAACAUAGACCUAUGUGCAUAUGCAUAAAGUUCAAUUUCAGUUUUGACACUUCGAUGACGUGGCGUCCGAGUGACAGCUUUUGUGUUUGACACGGCGUCGAAAAGGUUAAAUAAGUAAUAGAUACUCCCGUCUGGCUUCCGUGACAUACAUUAAAUUCAUAG